AUGAAACUGAGUGCUUUUUUUUUAAGGUUCGGCUUCUACAGUGUUAACGGCUCAAUGGAUUCACCUGUAACCGGUUUAACGGACGAAGAAGUCCGUAAAUAUGAUAAAACAGUCACUUUUUAUAAAACCACUAAUGACAAUGCUCCUCGGCGUGCACUUGUGUUCAUUCAUGGCGGGGCAUGGAUUGAUGACAAGAACACUCCUUAUGACUUUUAUGAAUUCAGUGAAAAAAUGAUCGAACUAGCUGAAGGAGAAUUAGAAUUCUCUUUGUAUUCCAUUGAAUAUCGACUAUCUCCGGCUAUUAAGCAUCCUACUCACAUGUAUGAUGUGAUCGAUAAUCUCUAUCAACUGGCAUUACAAGAGGAAAUUGAAGAGAUCAAUAUACUAGGGCACUCUGUAGGGGCGACACUAGCCUGGCAAGUCCUAAGUUGGACAUUUGAACAAACUCCAUUUGAUGAUUUUCAGCGCCAAUAUCGCAUCGGGAUUGUAAGGUCAAGAUUAUGUCAUUGUUUUCUGGUUGAUGGAAUCUUUUCACUAAAAGAACUUCUCGAUGAAUAUCCUAGCUACAACUAUUUUGUAUCCCAAGCCUUUCGAAGCAUAGAGGAAUUCGAUGAUCCAGCCACUUCGGAAUUGUCGUUUCCUUCCAAGAUAUCUAUUCAUGUAAUUCAUUCUUACGAAGAUGAGUUACUAACCUUGAGACAAUCAAACUACCUAUGUAGUAUUUUGCAGAGCUCAAGACAGCGCUACCAUUGUUUCUUUGACUCCUUUGGUAAACACAACGACGUUUACUGCAAUAAGGAUUUGGCAAGGUACGUGCUCAAAGCUAUGCUCUGA